CAGGUGGUGGACACUUCAAUGCGGAAGUGCGAAGCCGGUUAUAAUGUAAACAAACCAAAAUGUGUUUGCCAUGCAUGUCGCUGUUUUCUUGUUUCAUUGAAUUUUUGCCUUAUAUAUGUCUUGUCACUAUACCAUUUUUCGGUUCGUUUGAAGGAAUUGACGUGAUACUUCGGCUGUCACUACUUAUCUUCUUGUAUACAACUGUCAGUGAAAUUAUUCCUAGGUCAUUGCAUUAUGCAAUACCCUACCUGAAUAUGUUUGUGUUGGCCAUGAUUGUGAUAUACCUACCCCUUGGGGCUAUACCUUACCCAGUUAUCUGGCUAUAUGACAAGAUUCUAUGGUUGUCGGACCCGCUACUGUUAGCGGUAGAGGUUGUGCUUGCCCUCAACUUUGUCAUGCACUGUAGCAGGAGGUGUGCAGAAAAUAUAGAGGAAGAUGAAGAUGAGGCCUGGAAAUGGAAGGUGCUCCUGUCAGUGUUUUCAGCAGCGUGCUAUGCCAUACUAGCAGUUCUAGUCUUACACGUGUAUCAACAAGGUUCAGAUAUACAGUUCUGGAUAGUGGUAUUGAUACUGUGCUUCAGUUUUAUGCUAGCAGCUCAUAACAUGAUGUGGAUGUCGGUAGAAGGUAUUAUUAGUGAUGUAGCAUUUGUGACCCUGACUUCUAUGGUUAUUUUAUACACAAUGAAAGAAGAAGUUUCACUGAAACACAAACCUCUUGCCACACCUCCAACAUGGUAUAGCUUUUAUACCCGAGGUUCUUUGUUAACAGAGACAUACAAAAUAAUUCACACAUCUCUAGAAAAUGCACAAAUAGCACUACUUUACCUGAAGAGAUUUCUAAGUCCACUGUUCUUGCUGCUGCUUGGUGUCCGUCUGUAUAGUAUUCUUUUCCUCAUUGGCAGGAUCAUGAAAAAUUUCGAGUUAGAGACAGAAGAAUCAUAUUUGCAAGAACUUCAGACUGAACUAUCACCUCUACGGUCCCCAUUCAUAGUGAAAUGUUCUAUGAUAUUUAUGAUUACGCAGUUUACAACACGCCUGUAUUACCAGUGCAAUGGACUAUCAGUUUUGCCAAAGUGGUUAGAUUCCCUGUUACCAGCGGAUUUACUUAUGGGACGGAUGUUCCAGGUUGUCGUAUUAAACAGUUUUUAUAUAUGGCGAUUGUAUUGUGCAGAUAACUGGCAGUGGAGUGACUGGUUUUCAGCUUGAGCUGAAAUGGCUUAGUCAUUUUAGUGAUUGCUUUUUCAAUAUGAUUGAUCGUUUACCGAGUUAAAGCAGUGGCUGGUUUUCAGCAGUGACCGAUUAUUGGAAGUGACUGUUUUUAAGUAUGGUUAGCAGUUACCGAUUCAUAGCAGUGUUUAGUUCUUUGUUCGUCCAGCAGUGACUGCUUUUGUUAUUGAGUGCUUUCGCAAUGGCUGGUUUCGAACUUAAUGUAGUGUCGCAAAGUGUUCUUUGCUCGUGCAUGCAUUUGUGACUGAAUAUGUUGCUGGAGCGGUUAUUAUUUGACCAUCUGGAAAGAUAAAGAUCGGCUGCCGUCUGAAUCUCAUUUUUUAUACCAAAUCUCAUUUUUAUACCAAAAAGUAUGUUAUGCGCUUGUUUUGUUUUUAGUUUUUGAUGGAUUUUAAGCAUGUCCCUCACAUGGUCAAGUUAUAUUGCGACUUUCUUUCUGUAAAGGUAGAGCAAGAACACUGCUUGUGUAAAUCACCGAAAGGCCAACCCACUAACUUAACAUGUUUCUUUGUUUCUUUUCUGCUUACCUUACAGUCUCCAGAAAGUAUGAAUUCGGUAAUAUAAACAGCAGUGUCGUCGUACAAUAGAUGAUGUUUUAAUACUGUAAUCAUUAGCAUUAAUAUUUUUGUUUGUGUUAAAACAUUUGUGUUCAUAGUAUGUAAUGUCAAAUAUUACAAAUGGUACGAAACUGUUAAGCGUUCAUACAUUUAACUUUAGUUGUAAAAUAUUUGCUACUCUUUUAACCACAGCUAUUUAUUUUUCUUUAAGAAGUGCUACACAUAUCACAGCGACUCAAGAAUUUGUUUUGAUAAGGUGGAGAAGUUAUAUAUUAACUGAUUUUAGUUUUAAAAGUCGAAGAAAAACUGCCUGCUUUAGACAUUUUUCGCAAAUGUGUCUUUGGUACCUACGAGACCAGGAGAAGUCAUGUUCAAAAACAUGGCAUAGACCUGUGUUUGUUGAAGUCUUCGCUUCACAAUUAACUUUAGUUAUUUGAUGGAGUGCAUUUAUAAAGGAAAUAUUUCUUUUGACAUUUUGUGAGUACAGUUCAAGAGAAGGUAAAUGUAUUUUUCAUUGAUGAGGAAAUCUCAAUAAACUUUAUUUUUCAUA